AUGUAUUUUAUCGUCCUGCUCGCUGUCUGCUGCGUCGCGCUCCCUGGCCAUGGAAGCGCCGAGACGGCAAAGGUCACCGGCGAUAAAAGCGCCCCGUGUCGGCAGAGUAUGGCCUUCGGGUGGGGCGACGCGGUGGACGAGCGGUGGCGCUGCAGCGCCGAUCCCGCCGGCAAACCCAUCAAUCCUACGGCGAUGCGCCUGCUGUCGUCGACCAUCGCCAACGCCGGUCGCUUCAUCCGCGUGCGCGCCCGCUCCGACGACGCGCCGCUGAACGCCAGCCGCGCCGGUCGGCGGUUGGACAGCGAGGCGCUGGACAUCAGCAGCGCCUUAGUGCGCAGCCUGCAGCGGCACAACGGUGAGCCGCAGCCGCGGGCGCUGGGCCGCGACGACACCAGCGUGUGCAAUGUCGCCGGGUGCGCCGCCAGCGGCCGGCUGCUGCCUGAAUCCUGCUGCCCCGUCCGCACCGAGGUGGCCUAUCCGCAGUUCGGCCAGUCGGCCAUCACCGAGGACACCUUCACCAUCAUCCAGGAUUUUCCUGAUUUCGUCCAGCCCGUUUUCAAACGCGUCUGCGUGCGUUCGCAGUGUAAUUUGAUCUACGGGAACUGCACGCAGAAAUACGUGCCGCACGCCGUCUUCUCGGCGCCCAGCGGCAAGUUCGGAUCGCUCUUCGGACAGGAUUAUCUCCUCGUCGAAAGCGGAUGCGAGUGCGUCCCGGCCAACCCGUUCCCGGAUGACCCGGCCAACCGGCUGGCCGUCGCCGGCACACCGCCCGCCGGCGUCGAUGUCAGCGCCGUCAACGACAAACGCAACAGUGUCGCAUAA